AUGUCUCUGAGGAUCGAAGAUUUCAUUGAUCAGCAAGCUGAUAUCAUAUUUUACGAUCGCUUCUAUAACUGGGAAGUGAUGGCUGGCUCCUAUUUAGCUAAAAACACAAACUGGACAAGAAAUUUCCUUGAAGAUAUCAUAUAUUAUAUCAUGGAUAGCAACACCAUCUUGUUCUCAUCUCUUUGGAGUUUGGUUUUCUUCGAACAUGUGCACAAUUUUGCAGGUUUCGCAAAGUAUGAGUUCCGCUUACCGAAGAGUUAUCAUGGAACAGACAACGGAGCGAUCCAUGUGGGUUGGCUAUCUUUUCGGAAGUGA